CUGGCUAUAUUUGUAGUGUCAAUACCAGAUGGUAUAGCUGUUGAUUCCCUUAGCCGGCUGAUAUUCUACACUGAUACUGGUAAUAAUGUAAUUGCUAAGAUGACAGUGGAUGGAUCUUCUCACCAAGAGAUAAUUAAAAGUGGGCUGGAUGAACCUAGAGCAAUAGUACUCGACACUAACAACAAGUAUUGCUUUCCCUAUAAUUUAUUGCACCGACAUGCUGAAGGCUUCUUUAUAGUUUUAUCUUGUGUAAAUUUUAGAAAAAUGUAUUGGACUGACUGGGGACUGGCGAAGAUAAUGACGGCAGAUUAUGAUGGAAAUAAUCAAAAAUCCCUAAUUACGACAGGGUUAAGGUGGCCCAAUGGUUUGGCUUUAGAU